CCUCUGACACGUUGCACUUUUACAGGGGUUUCUUGGAAGCUCACCUAUCGGUCCACAAAGGUCCGCAUGCCCUCGGUUUCGGGUAUUCCCGGAAAAUUACUCCAACCCAUUUGAUAAAAUUCUCCCACUUUUGGUCGUCGCAGUCUUUCUGGAAUCGGGUAAAGCUUUCUUGAGCUCGGGGAGGAAGAAAGUUCUUGUCUUGCAGAAGAAAGGGUUUCAACCAUGUUUCAGAAAAUGUUUACGAAGAAGAAGGAAUCAACUGCCAGUGCCAUAACGACGAUAGAUAAAUUGAACGAGACGCUCGAGAUGUUAGAGAAGAAGGAGAACUUCCUCGCCAAGAAGGCUGCUGCGGAGGUUGAAAGGGCCAAGACAUAUACCAAGGCCAAGAAAAAGAAUGCUGCUAUUCAAUGUUUGAAGAAGAAAAAGAUGUAUGAAACACAAAUUGAACAGCUUGGAAGUUAUCAGUUGCGCAUACAUGAUCAGAUGAUCAUGUUAGAAGGCGCCAAGGCCACAACAGAGACUGUCGAUGCAUUGCGAAGCGGAGCCGCCACCAUGAAGGCCAUGCAUAAGGCAACGAACAUCGACGACUUGGAUAGAACAAUGGACGAGGUCAACGAUCAGACUGAAAACAUGAAACAGAUUCAGGAGGCCUUGUCCGCACCGAUUGGUGCAGCAGCUGAUUUCGAUGAAGAUGAACUGGAAGCGGAGCUCGAAGAAUUGGAAGGGGCUGAGCUGGAGGACCAGCUUCUCGAGCCUACCACAACUGCUCCCCCUGCUCCAGUGCACGUUCCUGCAGUCAAGCAGCCGUCACGUCCUCAGCCAGUGAAGAACACGCCUGAGGAUGAUGAGCUCGCUGCCUUGCAGGCAGAAAUGGCUUUGUAGAGAGUUACCGAUGAUAAGAAUAGAUUGUGUAAAUAAUCAUGACGGUGGAAGAAACAUCAGCGCUUCUUUCUCCAGUACCAUCGACCAUCUACUGCUACAGCUCUUUUCUUCUGGAAACGAAUUUAGACUGGUCAUAACACGCUGCAUAGAUGGAUUAGGCAUUAUACUACAUCUACUUUUAUUAAUGUAGUUCCUCCUUCCUUUCUCUGUUAUUUUUAGUUGUUGUGCAACCAUUGCGUCAUACUAUGUAUAUGGACGUUCGGCUACUUAUCCAGUGUAUGCUCUAAUGAAAAAGGAGUAAAUUGCUUGCGCACUUUAGUCCUUUUUUCCUUUA